UCGAGGCAUUGUCCCGCCCAUUUACGCCUCAAACGUGUUGACCUCAUCGCGUGCCGUCAGUGGCUACGGUGGUUUUCACGGAAGAUGCUGAAGAAAAGGGAUCCGCUGCUUGUUGAGAGUCCCCCAGAUCGUGAAGAUGAGACCAUGGUGCCAGUACUGACCUCCAAAAAAGCCAGCGAAUUACCGGUGAACGAAGUUGUGUGUACCCUGCAGGCUGACCUGCAGUUUGGCCUGACUCAUGAAGAGGUGGUCCGUCGUCGUGCCUACCAUGGCUGGAACGAGUUUGACAUCAACGAGGAAGAGCCGCUGUGGAGGAAGUACAUCUCACAGUUUAAGGACCCCCUUAUCAUGCUGCUACUGGCCUCUGCUGUUAUCAGUGUGUUGAUGCGGCAGUUCGACGAUGCCUUCAGCAUCACAGUGGCCAUCAUUAUUGUCGUGACCGUUGCCUUUGUACAGGAGUACCGCUCUGAGAAGUCACUGGAGGAGUUGGGUAAACUCGUGCCUCCAGAAUGUCACUGUAUACGGGAAGGGCACAUGGAACACUCGCUAGCGCGGGAGCUGGUUCCUGGAGACACCGUCUGCCUCUCCACUGGGGAAAGGGUGCCAGCUGACCUACGCCUCUUUGAGGCCUCUGACCUGUCAGUGGAUGAGUCCAGUCUGACGGGAGAGACCACCCCCUGCUCCAAAUCCUCCGCCCCACAGCCUUCUGGCACCAAUGGCGACAUCACAUCCCGGAGCAACAUCGCCUUCAUGGGCACACUGGUGCGAUGUGGAAAGGCCAAGGGGAUUGUCAUCGGUACUGGAGAAAAUUCUGAGUUUGGAGAGGUGUUCAAGAUGAUGCAGGCUGAGGAGGCCCCCAAAACCCCUCUGCAGAAGAGCAUGGACCUGCUGGGGAAACAGCUCUCCCUCUACUCCUUUGGGAUCAUAGGAGUCAUCAUGCUGGUCGGGUGGCUGCAGGGCAAGCACAUCAUGGACAUGUUCACCAUCGGCGUCAGCCUGGCGGUGGCAGCGAUCCCUGAGGGCCUGCCCAUUGUGGUGACAGUGACUCUGGCCCUGGGGGUGAUGAGGAUGGUCAAGAAGCGGGCCAUCGUCAAGAAGCUGCCCAUCGUGGAGACACUGAGCUGCUGCAACGUCAUCUGUUCGGACAAGACGGGCACCCUGACGAAGAAUGAGAUGACUGUGACGCACCUUUUCACCGCCGAUGGCCUCCAUGCAGAAGUGACGGGCGUGGGCUACAACAACGCUGGAGAAGUUCUUCUGAACGGGGAGUUGGUGCACGGCUUCUCCAACGUCUCCAUCCGCAAGGUCGUUGAGGCUGGCUGUGUGUGUAACGAUGCGGUCAUCAGGAACGGCACACUGAUGGGGAAACCCACAGAGGGAGCCCUCAUCGCCCUGGCCAUGAAGAUGGGUCUGGGGAGUGUUCAAGAGGAGUAUGUCCGGCUGGAGGAGCAACCCUUCACCUCUGAGCAGAAGUGGAUGGCCGUUCGCUGUGUCCACCGCACUCAGCAGGACAAGGCUGGGACCUAUUACAUGAAGGGAGCCUACGAGCAUGUGAUCCGCUACUGCAGUGGAUACCAGAGUAAAGGAGUAACACUUCCUUUCACCAACCAGCAGAGGGAGCUGUUCCAGCAGCAGAAGAGCUACAUGGGCACAGCUGGCCUGAGGGUGUUGGCAUUUGCGUCAGGCUCUGAAAUGGGCAGCCUGACUUUCCUGGGCCUGGUGGGCAUGAUUGACCCCCCUAGGGCAGGGGUGAAGGAGGCAGUGGGCACCCUCCUCAACUCAGGCGUUGCUGUCAAGAUGAUUACUGGAGACGCCCAGGAGACAGCUGUGUCUAUUGCGGGUCGGUUGGGUCUGUACACAAAGGGCUCCCAGUCUCUAUCAGGAGAGGAGGUGGACAGGAUGGACCUUCAGCAGCUGUCUCAGAUAGUGCCCAGGAUAGUGGUGUUCUUCAGAGCCAGUCCCAGACACAAGCUGAAGAUAGUCAAGUCACUACAGAACAUUGGAGCUGUGGUAGCCAUGACUGGUGAUGGGGUCAACGACGCCGUGGCACUGAAGGCAGCAGAUAUCGGUAUUGCCAUGGGCCAGACGGGCACAGACGUGUGCAGGGAGGCGGCAGACAUGAUCCUUGUGGACGACGACUUCCAGACCAUCUUGUCUGCCAUUGAAGAGGGGAAGGGGAUUUAUAAUAACAUCAAGAACUUUGUGCGGUUCCAGCUCAGCACGAGUAUUGCUGCCCUCACCCUCAUCUCCCUGGCCACCCUCAUGAACUUCCCCAACCCCCUCAAUGCCAUGCAGAUCCUCUGGAUCAAUAUCAUCAUGGAUGGACCCCCUGCGCAGAGCUUGGGGGUGGAGCCAGUGGACCCUGAUGUCAUCAGGAAGCCUCCGCGGAACGUGCGUGACAGCAUCAUCACCCGCAGUCUCCUCGUCAAGGUCCUGGUGUCCUCCUUCAUCAUAGUGUGCGGAACCCUGUUUGUCUUCUGGAGAGAGCUGCAGGACAAUGUGAUCACGCCCAGGGACACCACCAUGACCUUCACCUGCUUUGUCUUCUUUGACAUGUUCAAUGCCCUCAGCUCACGUUCACAGACACGUAUGGUGCACGAGAUGGGCCUAUGCAGUAACCGUAUGUUCUGCUACGCUGUGCUGGGCUCCAUCAUGGGCCAGCUUCUGGUCAUUUACUCCCCCCCGCUCCAGAAGGUCUUCCAGACGGAGAGCCUCAGCAUCCUGGACCUCCUCUUUCUAUUGGGUCUCACCUCCUCGGUGUGCGUCGUCUCUGAGCUGAUCAAGAAGCUGGAGCGCUUCAGAGGACAGAAAUGGAGGGGCCGGGAGGGGGCCGACACCACUGACUCUUUCCACGAAGUAUGACGCACGUUGCGUCGCACGCAGAGGACCGCGGUGGACAGUAGCUUUGGACGGUCUGUCGUUUAGAUGCGGUGUGUGUGUGUGUGUGUGUGUGUGUGUGUGUGUGUGUGUGUGUGUGUGUGUGUGUGUGUGUGUGUGUGUCUGCAGGCUGCAGGCUGAAAGAAGUGGACUUGAAGGAGAGAGUGAGGUGGGGGUGGAAAUGUUGCUCACUUCUCCCCAUGACCAGACUAUGGUUGGUCACUGGUUUGAGUCCCCCAUCCGCCUACCACCUCUCCCUCCCUGAGCCUCCCUCUCAGCUAUCUUCCCCCUUUCUCCCAGCCUUUUCAAAAACAAAAGAAGCUUUGGUGUGCUGCUUUGAGACUGUUUGUUUUUUCACUCCGUCUGAAAGAACAGUUUUAUUUAUGAGAUACUGUAAGGUUUCAAACAGUGGCUGUUGACUUUUUUCACAUCAACUAACUGGAAGCACAGACCACUGACCAUAGUUUCGUGGAAUAAGUGAAACCGUCUUUUUGCAUUCCGGCUCACCAUGCUAGAGCCAUGCUUUUUGGGGCAGGGAUCUGUGCUUUCAAAUCAGAGAGCUUGUACAGUAUAAUUUUUCCCAGAAUAUUUUCAUGGCAGAAUAUAAUAGGUGACUGAUACUUGGAGUUUUUUUUUUUUAUUCAUUUUUUUUUUAUAAAUGAUAUCUGGUCUUCCCGUUCAAGUUCUGCUAGAGUGGUCAGGCCAACAAUUCAAAAGAACCAGAUAAAGUACUGCUCUUUCACAUUAGGAAAAUACAUAUGUAUAAACUAUGGGAAGUUUUACUCUCUUUAAAUCCUAUUUGGAUAUAAAUCGUAAGAAUUCUACACAACAAAGGUGUUUUUUUCUCUUUUAAGCCAAUUCCCUUUUAAUUUCAUCAGUAUGUUCACUGGCCAUACCCCUGACUAUGCUGUCCACAAUUUGGUUACUGUUUGCUUUGGGCCUGAGCACCAAUUUCAGAAACCUGAUGUUUCGUAAUCUUUUAAUUUGGUUGACACUGUUAUAUACUGUAGGUGCACUCUAUAUUUACUGUACUGGCUACUGUAGAUUGUCACCUACUCACUGAAGUAGAUAGACAUGUCCUCAAAGUAUGAAGCAGAAGCUUUAACUUCCAGAGAAAGUUCAUGAGGUACGUUUUUGCUUCUGCCACUAGCUCACUUUUUUUGUUGUACUCAAAACCUCUUUAGGUUUUGUCAAGGUGAACUGGUUAGUUCAGCUUUGCAGUUUUGUCCCCCGAAGCCAACAACCAAUAAGGAAUGACGAUUGUAAAGAUUGUUUUUUAUCUCUUGUUUAUUUAUUUUUCAUUGUGUUUUGCACAUGUGAAAACAAUUCUCUGUGUGGAUAAUUGAGAAUAAACUUGUAUAUUCAAAUUUUUUAAUAAACCUUAAAACGAGA